CAGUCUGGAAGGCAGGGUCAAGGAGACAAUGCACAAUGCCUUUUGGGAUCAUCUGGAAGAGCAAUUAUUAGCUACUCCUCCAGACUUCAGCUGUGCUCUUGAACUCCUAAAAGAAAUUAAAGAGGGGACACAAGUUCGAGCCCUGGUCUGGGAAGAUCCCACAUGCCGCGGAGCCACUAAGCCCGUGUGCCACAACUGCUGAGCCUGCACUCUAGAGCCUGCAAGCCACAACUACUGAAGCCUGCAUGCCUAGAGCCUGUACUCUGCAACAAGAGAAGCCACUGCAAUGAGAAGCCUGCGCACCACAAUGAAGAGUAGCCCCCGCUCGCCACAACUAGAGAAAGCCCACGUGCAGCAAUGAAGACCCAACACAGCCAAAAAUAAAUAAGUUUAAAAAAAUUGUUUAAAAAAAAAGAAAAAGCAAACAGAUCUUGCUGUCACUGCUAUUACCACGCCAGAACCGCCUAAGAAGUGAGAUUGAAGAAGGCCUGGACAUGAACCUCCUUAAGCAGGAAGCAGAACACGGAGCCCUGAAUGUCCCUCGUCUCUCUAAGUACAUUCUCAACAUGAUGACUCUGCUGUGUGCGCCAAUUCGAGAUGAAGCAGUGCAGAAACUAGAGAACAUCACAGACCCUGUUCGGUUACUGAGAGGAAUCUUCCAGGUUCUGGGCCUGAUGAAAAUGGACAUGGUGAACUACACUAUCCAGAGCCUUCAGCCCCAACUGCAGGAACAUUCCAUCCAGUGUGAACGAGCUAAAUUUCAGGAACUCCUCAACAAGCAGCCUAGCCUCCUCGAUCACACUACCAAGUGGCUGACCCGAGCGGCGGCAGACCUCUCCACGCCGCCGCCUAGCUGCCCUGACUCUCCCGACUCCUCCAGUGUGGUCUGCCCCUCUCCAAGUGAGGCAGCCAACAGCCUGGAGCCCCUCAACCCCAAAAUAGUGCUGUCCCAGGGCUUCCUGAACCUCCUCCUCUGGGACCCCAAAGAUGAAGAGUUCCCUGAGACCCUGCUGAUGGACAGAGCCCAGCUGCAGGAGCUGGAGGCCCAGCUGCGCCAGUUAACCAUCCUGGCCUCGGUCUUGCUAGUGGCCAGCAGCUUCUCUGGCAGUGUUCUGUUUGGCUCGCCUCAGUUUGUGGAUAAGCUGAAACGCAUAACCAAAGCCCUGAUGGAGGAGUUGAAGUCCAGGCCUGAGGAGGAGGCUAUGCUGACUGUGAGUGAACAGGUGUCUCAGGAAAUCCAUCAGAGCCUCCAGAACAUGGGCCUUGCUGCUCUGAGCAGCGACAACACAGCAUCGCUGAUAGGAGAGCUCCAGAACAUCACCAAGAAGGAGAACUGUGUCCACAGUGUCAUUGGUCAGCGGAUCCACUUGUUCCUCAAAUGCUGUUUGGUUCUUGGUGUGCAGCGGUCUCUGCUAGACCUCCCUGGAGGCCUUACCCUCAUUGAGGCAGAGCUGGCAGAACUGGGCCAAAAGUUCGUCAACUUAACGCACCACAAUCAGCAGGUGUUUGGCCCCUUCUACAUGGAGAUCUUAAAAACCCUCAUCCCCCCAGCCCAGGCACUGGAGACAGAAGUGGGUUCUCUCUGAUGACACUGGCUCCAAGCCCUGGUACCUUGGACCCAGGAGAGAAGCCCAUCAUUCUCUUGGGGUGACAUCACCAGUGACCAGCAGAGCAGCAAGCCCUCUCCUCGUCUGCAGCCAGUACACUACGCUGCAGUGACCAAGCAUGUAAACACUGGCUGGCCCAAACUCAUUCACUAAUAAACUUCUGAACUGCAAG